UUUGAGCGAGGAAGGAGAGUAGGGUGCGUGGAAGUCUAGGGGUCUUGAAGAAAAAGAGGAGGAGGGGAAGUCCCAGAAGCCUGUCCUUCAUGUAUUGGGGUGCAGGGCGGAAUCCCCCCUUUCUGGGCCGUACCUGACGAGGCAAGGCGGCUGCCACGCAGGAAUCGAAUCGUGGAUUUACUUUGUGGGGGCAUUGCCUUGCGCCCGAGUGUACAAGAUUCAGGGUUAAUUUGGCGUGCGCUCAGAUUUUAAAGGUUAUCUGCACCUUCUGACUGGGAAAAGAUGGUCAACGUCUUGAAAGGAGUGCUUAUAGAAUGUGACCCAGCCAUGAAGCAGUUUCUGCUGUACUUGGAUGAGUCCAAUGCCCUAGGGAAGAAGUUCAUCAUUCAGGACAUAGAUGACACGCACGUCUUCGUAAUAGCAGAGUUGGUUAAUGUCCUCCAGGAGCGAGUAGGUGAACUGAUGGACCAAAAUGCCUUUUCUCUUACCCAGAAGUGAAAAUAGUAGAUAUUGACCACUUAGGAAUUAAAAGUAACGAAUGUGACAGUCUCACCGUUCAAUAGCUUAUGUAACUGAUUAGAUUUACAGAAUUGCUUGGAAGCAUGCGACAGGCAAGACUGUGGUAUCAUUUGUUCAUAAAAAAGCCCCUGAACUGACUUUCUUCUGUUUUUUUCAGUACAUAGAUCCUAAAAUUUAAAUUAAAAAAAAAAAAAAAAAGCUUUAACAGCUGGCUGCAAUUUGGUUUUUAUUAUCCUUUAUUAUACUAUAAAUGUAAUUGGUUUUCUUACCUUUUUAAUGCCACUUUAAUACAUUAAGAAUAUAAUGGAAUAUGCAUUAAAAUCACCAGUCUAACCGA